AUGUUCGCUGGUGCCUGUGUGAUUUAUCUGUGUAGGACGCAGAAGAGCGUCACCCUGUCUUCGACGGAAGCGGAGUACGUGGCGAUGUCUGAUGGGAUGAAGGAGGCUAUUUUUCUGCGAUAUCUGUGGAAAAUUAUCUUUCCGGGCUGUGAUGUGGGGUGCACUCCGGUGUGGGAGGACAACGUAGGCGCUAUUCACUUGGCAAGUAACCCGGCUACUACUCCCAACUCGAAGCACAUCGACAUCCGCCACCAUUUCAUCCGUGAGCGUGUAGCACGGGGGGAGUUCAAGGUAGUCCACGUACGGUCGGACCUGCAACGCGCGGAUUUCUUGACCAAACCGCUCCCCAAGGAGACUUUUUGCGCUCAUCGUGACUUCGUGAUGAAUAUUCGUUGAUUUUGUUCUUUGUGUUGCGCUAUUUCAGCGAUGGGGCCUUUCUUGCAUCAUGUGUUUUAUUUGUGACCUGGUACUGGCCUUUGAUCUGCUGCUCGAUGUUGAUUUCUGCUUUCGCGAUGGAUGGGAUAGUUCUGCGUGAGAAUCAUGGGGGGGGAAGUAUUGUUCCAUGAUCCUAGUCGCAGGUGGUUUGUCUUGGUUUUGAUUUUUUUCGGGAUGAAUGAUGCAGCAGGGGGGCUGUUGGAUUGAUUGAUUGGAUUGAUUUUGACUUCAUGUUCAGGAUGGAAUGGAUGUUACAGCAGGGGGGCUGGUGGAGUGGUUUCUUUGUCAAGGUAUUGGAUGUCGGAGAGAGGGUUUGGCAUGUUCUUGUAAUAUGAACUGGCAAUUGAGUUGAAACAUGAAUAUUUAUCUGAGGAAUGAAUUUGUUCUGAAUAGUCAGGACGUAAGACACGUUUUCCCGGAGUUAUCGUCCUCCCCGUUCUGACGUGAUUCUGAUGUAAUGUUGAUCUUUUUGCUGGGUAUUUUUCCAAGGGUGAUUGUUCGUGUUUUGACUGCUUGAGAAUUGGGUAGAGCACUUUUCUCGAGAGGGUGAUUUGUUUUUCUUGACAGACCUUNGACCUUUCAGGGGUAGAAAUUUGACAUCAAAAAGGUUUGAAAGCUUUGCAGGACGUGUCCUGUUGGAAGAUCCGGCGAUUUCGUGGGACAUGUUCUAUUGGCAGAGUCGUUUGGAUU